UGUCCCUCGGACACAGCGGAUCACCGAUCAACAGAAAGAGCCGAAGAUAGAGGACAUGUACACUGAUCAUCAGGGCACUGAUGAUCAGUGUGCCCUGAUGAUCUGUGUAGCCCCAGCAGUGCCACCUGUCAGUGCUCAUCCAUGCCACCUGCCAGUGCCCAUCAGUGCCACAUCAAUGCCACAUUUCACUGCCUACCAGUGCACAUCAAUGCCACAUAUCAGUGCCCAUCUGAGCUGCAAUUCAGUGUCACCCAUCAGUGCCAGUCACCACCUAUCAGUGCUGCCUAUCAGUUCCAUAUAUGAGUGCUGCCUUUCAGUGCCCAUCAGUGAUGCCUGUCAAUGCCCAUCAGUG